GUGAGAUUUCAUAGACAGGCCGCUGCCACAAGACGCAGGAAAGAUGGCGGCGCUCGCAGUUGUAGAGACUCCGUCAGGAAAAGAUGCUUUUGCUGAAGGUCUUAUGGAUCUGUUAAAGCCAGCGGUACAGCAGCUCGAUCUACAUGUCCAUGCAGUGAGGGAGAGUCAGGUGGAGCUCCGUGAACACAUUGACAACUUGGCAACCGAGCUGUGUAGAAUCAACGAACACCAGAAAGUCGCCCUGGACCUGGAUCCCUAUGUGAAGAAGCUGCUCAACGCCAGGCGUAGAGUGGUUCUGGUCAAUAACAUCCUACAGAAUGCACAAGAGCGCUUGAGAAGGUUGAACCAUAACGUUGCCAAGGAGACGGCUCGCCGGAAAACCAUGCUGGAAACAUCCGGAGCGUUUUCCACUCGUUCUCCCAGCAAGCCAUGAUGAGAUGAUGGCAACUUAAGACAGGACACUGCACAGGGAAACAAAAUGAUGCUGUGUAUCCUCAGAGAUGAAGUGGACUAUGCACAGCAUGGGCUGAUGCACAGGACUGAGGCUUAUGUUCAUCUAGAAGCAGCCAAGAGCUGUUCUAUUAUAUUUGCACAAGAAACUUUUGGUAUGCGUAAUGAUUUAAUAUCCGAGAUUGAUGAUAUGCACUUGGCUUUACCUCUUCUAAUAUUUGUCUUUGUCGCACAGUAGAGCUGUUUGUAUCUUCAGAUGCCAAAAAGCAUGCUCACAUCUAACAGAAGUGCUUGCUAACCUCAAGCUAAUUAUCGUAAUCGCUUUGUAAAACAGUAGCGAAGGGCAAUAGGCAGCUAGAUGACAUCAUCAGGCUGUCUUGUAUGUAAUUAAACAGUUAUUAUGAUUUGAUGACAAUCUGGUUGCAUUAGACUAACUGCUAUGAUGUGUGUUAGUUAUAUUUGCGAGAGAGAUAUAGAGGGAGACAGAGAGAGAGAUUUGGCAAAAGCUGUAUUGUUUGUGAGUGAGUAUAUUCCUUUUUAUAUUAUUACCAGAAUGCAAACAUCAGCAUGCUGAGGAACUAGGCUAGGAAACUUUGUCCAGGUGAAAAUAAGGCAGUACACACACACACAUUCACACACACACACACACACACACGCACACAGUAACGUGAGCUGGUGACUUCUGGUGACAUGAUGAGCUACCUAGAGCGCUGCCUACUAAAUGUGGGCGUAUCCUAUGAGAACGAGGAGCGCACACUGCUUCUCAUUUAUAUGUAGAAAUGCACUGCUAGUUUUUAUACACACCCUUUAUACAUUCCCUCCAGAAUGAUUCGCUUUAAUGACAUAAAGUAAUUAAUUAAUUAAUGCUAUUUGCUCCACCUGCUAAUAAACAUUAUCGCCAUGGCAACCAAACGCAGUCGGGAGACUUGCAGAUUAAACUCGCUGUAUUUGUGUACGAAUCAUAAACACUGAGAUCCUCCAUUUCAUGUGUUCAUCAAUUGUUUUUUUUUUAAAUAGGAGCCAUUUUAAGGAACUGUAGAAAAUGGAUACCGUCACAGACAAUAUGAAAGGAUAUUUUUCCCCCUGCAAUGGCACAUCCUGUAGUGUUUUAUUUUUCAUAUCCCACAGACAUGUGCUUACGAUUAUCACUUUUUUGAUUUAUUAAAGAAUGAGAUUUCUUGCCAGUCGUCUUUUUGUAGCUGUAAUUAAUUUAUAAAGUAGAUAAGCAGAUUUUCCUUCAAAAAAGCUCCACCUUUAGCUCUGACUGUUAAAGAUCUGACACUGGAGACUCCUUCCAUAAAUGUUACUCAUACAAUAAACGUCUUUUCACGGGAAAAGUGAUAAGUUUAAUGUCUGUUUGUUUUGAUAAGUUGUAGAUCAUGUGGGGUAUCUGACAUAUCGUGUAUUACACCCUGUUGCCAUAGAAACCAUAACUUGAAUGAGCAUGUGAAUGUAAACCUGUGACCUGCAGAUUAAACAACACCCUGGGGCCAGGAAACUCCUC